AUCUCACAAAAGCUAGUUCAUCCUUAUUUAGAAAUGAUAAUAACUGCAACAUAGAUAAUGACGAAGUUGAGCUUCAAAAUAUAGAUAAUAAUAUAAAUAGUGAUGAUAACUAUGAUGACGAUAAUAUAGAAGAUGGUGAAAGGUCUGUUGAUGCAAAGUUUGCUAAUGAAAGUUCUGUCGAUGAAUUGUUUACAGAACUACAAAACACAGAAAAUAGUUUAUCUUUAGAGACAUUGUUCAAACGGGUAUUUGUUAAUGCCAAGCUUACCUGUGUGAUACCAAUAGAAAUUCUAUACUUUUAUUCUCAUCUUUAUCCAGAUGUUUGCUUCCAGUGUGGUGAUACAGAAAUCUUUUCUCCAACUCCUGCUA